GACAACAAAUCAAAUCUCCAAAAUUUGGAGGAAGAAGAGAGCAGUGAUGCGCGUUUGUUAAAAGGAAAAGAAAAAGAUGAAAUAGAAGGACUGCGACACAGUACACGUGGGAGGCAAAAAUAAGAAAUAAGAUAGGCAUAACAGAUAGAGAUGAAGAAGGGAAGCGUCAUAAACCUUACCUGGUAGCGUUGCAACGAGAGAAGAAGGAAAGGCUCUCGUAUUGUUACCAACUCUGUUGCAACGCUAUCAUAUCGAACAAACAGAUCUGUUUUCGCAACGCACCACGCCACAGGCAAUGCCAUGCUGUAGUUGUGUGAGAUUCAGAAUUAUUUAUUAAUUAUUUGUGUGAGACGAACAUGAAACUGUAAUAAUUUUAUCGAGUUGGUGCUUCAAUAAGCACACAUACACGCUCAGAGAGAGACAGAGAGAGGUAAAGAGAAAUGGCAUAUCAGCGGCGGCGCCAACACUAUUAUCAACGGUUUCGUGUAGUGAUCCCGGUGUUUUCUGCCGUCGCCGCCGCACUACUCUUUCUCUUCGCUCUCCUCUCGUUUUUAGCUCCCUCUCCCGUCGAAACCGAUCGUAUGCACUUGAAACGACAACACACUACGAUUAGCUUUCAUGAGGAUGUGGCGAUUGAACAUCCGGCGUUCCGCGUUCCGGUUAGGGCUUUUCAUUUGCUGGCUUCUGCGAUGAGAGACGGAGGAAAGUUGGGACGCGAUAUCUGGACUUCUCGAAAUUCAGAGCACUUCUACGGCUGUAGCAAUUCCAGCAACAAGUUUCAAAAAGCUCAAGUGAUUACACUUCCGAAUCGAUAUUUGUUGAUUGCGACAAGUGGAGGCUUGAAUCAGCAAAGAACGGGGAUUACAGAUGCUGUUGUUGUUGCACGAAUUUUGAAUGCUACGCUUGUUGUUCCAAAAUUGGAUCAACGAUCUUUCUGGAAAGAUUCUAGUAACUUCUCAGAGAUCUUUGAUGUUGAUUGGUUUAUAUCACAUCUUUCCAAAGAUGUCAAGAUUAUAAAGCAACUUCCCAGUAAGGGUAGGAAACCAUUAUCUGCAUACAAUAUGCGGGUUCCAAGGAAGUGUAAUGAAAGAUGUUAUAUAACUCGCAUAUUACCUGUAAUCAUGAAAAAGCAUGCUGUCCAGCUUAGCAAAUUUGACUACAGGCUUGCAAACAGGUUGGAUACAGAAUAUCAGAAGUUGAGAUGUAGAGUUAACUACCAUGCUUUAAAAUUUACCAGCCCAAUACUUGGAAUGGGGGAAAAAUUGGUCCAUUGGAUGAGGAUGAGAAGUAAACAUUAUAUUGCACUGCACCUAAGAUUUGAACCUGAUAUGCUGGCAUUUUCUGGAUGUGAUUAUGGUGGAGGAGAGAAGGAGCAGAAAGAACUAGGCGCAAUAAGGCGGAGGUGGAAGACAUUACAUAGAAGCAAUCCUGAUAGGGCAAGGAGGCAGGGAAGAUGCCCAUUAACCCCAGAAGAAGUUGGUCUCAUGCUAAGAGCAUUGGGAUAUGGUUCUGAUGUUCAUAUUUACGUUGCAUCAGGGGAAGUAUAUGGAGGGGAAAGAACACUGGCGCCUCUCAAGGAAUUGUUUCCUAAUUACCAUUCAAAAGAGACCAUUGCUACCAAGGAAGAAUUACAAUCAUUUUCUUCAUUUUCUUCUCGCAUGGCUGCUCUUGACUUCAUUGUCUGUGAUGAAAGUGAUGUAUUUGUAACCAAUAAUAAUGGAAAUAUGGCAAAAAUUUUAGCUGGACGAAGGAGAUACUUUGGGCAUAAACCAACCAUUCGUCCAAAUGCUAAAAAACUCUACCGAUUGUUCUUGAAUAGAAGAAACAUGACUUGGGAUGUUUUUGCGUCCAGUGUCCGUAAUUUCCAGAGAGGCUUCAUGGGGGAGCCAAAGGAGGUUAGACCAGGUAGAGGCGGAUUUCAUGAGAAUCCAUCGACCUGCAUAUGUGAAGAUUCCACAGCCAAAGUUGAGAAACAUUCAGGACCUCGAAAACAUGGAAAGGAUAAUACAACGAAUAGAAAUGCAUCAAAUGAUGAACCGGAUGUUGACAAUGAGGCUGAAUGGCCAGAAAUGGAUGAUGAUGAUGAUGAUCAGAAUGAUCUAGCAGAUAAGGGUACAUUCAAUGAAACAUUUUCGGACUAUGAUGCUAUGAACUUCGAGGAUCCUGAUUUAGAGGAAAUUAUAUCAGAUUAGUGAUGGUGCCUUGUCCAGUGCUGAUGUACCUGUUGACUUAUUAUGGUUGUUUGUCCUCAUCACGUUCCCUUGCGCAGUUGCUGCUCAAUUUGACAGCUGCUGAUAAAGCCCAAAAAAGGAAACAGAAAAGGCGCUCCUUUCUCAAUACUGGCGAACUAUAGUAAAAAGAAAUCCAAAAAAAUUAAUCAUACGAUCAUCUUCUGCAUUUCUAAGGACAUAAUGACCUCAGUUUGAUGGUAUUGUUUUGGACUUAUACUUGAAUCUGUGAAGAGGGGAUCAGAAGCGAGCAAUGGAAGUAGAUUUAGAGGACAGUCGUUCGACAUAUAGAAGCUGCACACAAAAUUGAAUCGAGUUUGCUAGGAAGUAGGAAAAUUUGUAUAUCUGUACUUACUGGUUUGUCUUCCUGUCUUCCAUUAACGUAUAAUGAGGUCAACAUAAUUUUUAGAAGCAA